AUGAACGAGUCGGGCCUUCGCAGGAUCCCCCCUGACCAGUCGUCGGGGAGUCUGCGCACCUUGGGCAGCCCCCGUGCAAGCGUCACCGACCCCAUUUUGUCCAAACGUGUGUGCUUCUACAAGAGCGGCGAUCUUCAGUUUGGCGGCCUGCGCAUGGUUGUCAACAACCGCACUUUUAAAACGUUUGAUGCCCUCCUGGACAGCCUGUCCAAGAAGGUGCCGCUGCCAUUUGGGGUGAGGAACAUCACCACCCCCCGGGGGGUGCACGCCAUCAACACGCUGGACGAGCUGGAGGACGGCAAGUCCUACAUCUGUUCUGAUAACCGCAAAGUAAAGCCCAUCAACUUGGCACUGGCCAGGAAGAAAUUGGCACCCUGGUACCACGCCAGGCCGGUGAGUUCCCGGCGCCGGAACUUGCAACGGGCCAGAGCUUUCCCUGGGCGGCAAGAACCUGUGCUCGUGCACACGCCCAAGAGACUGGUGGUCUUUCGGAAUGGAGACCCCUCCGUCAAACACGCAUUGGUGCUCCAAAAGAGGAGCACGACUACGUUUGAGUGGAUUCUGGAAUAUAUUUCGGAGAUGAUGCAGUUCCAUGUAAUGAAGCUACACACGGCCGAUGGCAGACGCGUUGAAGGGCUCCCGAGCUUGAUCUUGUGUUCCGGCGUAGUGGUGGCAGCGGGCAAAGAGCCGUUCAAAGCUGCAAACUACAAUGUCCGAAAGUCAUCGGGGUCCAUGAGGCUGCCCGGGAACCGGAUGAGCGUCAGGAGACUGAAGGCGCUGAAUCGCAAAAAGAAAUCACCGUCGUACGGAUCCAAGUCGAGGAACUUCUCCACCUCCUCUGAGCGCUACAUCGUGAACAAGAUUCACAAUUCCCUCAUGGAAAGCUCGUGCGACCUGCCCAGCCAUCCCACCAACUCCAUAGGAUAUGAGUCUGGACAUGUCGUUGCUGAAACAGAAGGUGACGCGCUGGAAUGCGUGCAGCUUGACGAGGACGACAUUGAGAAGUCCUUUCGAGUGAACCAAGAUGGUAGCAUUUCGGUGGAGAUGAAGGUGCGCUUGACCGUCAAGGAGGAGGAGAUGCUGCACUGGACGACCACCUUGACCCGCUCCAGCAUGGCCAAUCAGCUUAAUGUGACCAGUUUACCCGAGCUGGAGUCGGAGAAGGACGUCUGUCCCGCCAUACUGGAUUCACAAGACCCAAUCUCCUCCAACGACACCAUCAACAAGGAUGAAUCCAAAGAUGACCACAAUGACGAGAAUCCGCCAUCAUUGGGCAAUGGGAGUGUUUGCUGCUCCAUCAAGUCCAUCCGGUAUGUCGCUCAAAGUCCAUCGAGCUUGGAAAUGACCAACAGUGUGCCAGACUUCUCCUCCCAUGUGGCCUCCACGUUUGGCUCCUCGGCCAAAGUCCUCCUGGCAUUUUUGUCAAUCGUGGCUCUUAAAGACAGCAUUGCCAACCUGAAUGUGGACCAGGUGAAGGCGAAUGACGUGAGCUGCGCUGAUGCUUUGAGAAUGAUCGAAUCCCUGAAGGAGAUCGCUAGCAUGGAGAACUCCCACCUGUUUGAAGACAGACUGUCGGCUUUAUGUAAGUCGUGCUCGAGGCAGCUUCUUGACAGCUGGAGGGACUUCCAGGAGCUCGCAGACGCAUAUCAAGAGGAAAACGCCAUUGAUGACCUCAUUGAAAGUCUUGACGUACCCAGAAUAAUUAAAGAAGAACUCGUGUCUCUAUCAGUUGGUUGUAGCAGCACCGGUCAAAAGAAGCUGAAGGCAAAUUCUGAGGGUUUCAGUUCUGGGAUGGGGGAACACAAUGACGAGUUUGCAUAUGAUGAUGAAAGGCAGCAGGAAUUGAACCCGGACCUCAGAUCACAUUCAGUCGUGGAACAAUGUUUAGAAGAGGAACACGAGAAUAAACCACAAGAAGAUGGCUGUUAUGUGGAAUUGAAUCCUAGCAGGAGGGCAAGUUCAGAAACAGCACAACCAGAGACCAAAGACAAAAUGCAAAGUCUGGAUGAAGAAAAGGGCUUGAAUAUUAUCGUACAAGAAACGAUAUCUGGACAGGACGAAGAGAAUAAAGAAGAACUCACAAUCGAGAUGCAGGAUCCAAAGAAAGACCAUCCUCGGGAUCUGGCCGAUGACGACAGUGGCAAUGACCUGAGUCGUGACAACGAUGCGGAGUCAUCCGCGCUUGGAAAUGACCAAAUACGAAGCUCGGCUGAAGAAGAAUUGAGCAUCUAUGAGAAGGUAUCAGGCUCAGAGGAGGAACAAAGCUAUUUAGCAAAAUACCAAGCCCCUGUGACGGACACAAAAUGUGAGACGGUGGAGGGUACCAAAGACCUGUUCGACGAAGAGACUUCACAGCCUGUAGCGGUCCGGGUGAGUCUUCUGGAGAAGCAGGUUGCUGAUGCCCAGAAAAAACAGUAUAACAAAGAUCACGGCAAAAAGCUCUCGCUGUUGUCCGAAGAGUCCAUUGAAACAUUUCAGCAGUGCAGCCGCUCGGCCCCGCAGUCGUCGCUAUCCUUCAGCUACGACUCGAGCGGCGUGGUAAGCGUGGAGCCUGAAGGCAACAGGGUCAAGAGCAUCCGGGAAAUGUUCCUGGCAAAGAGUUUUGCCAUGAAUGCAAAGCAGAGCCUGAACGCAGCGCUGCCUUCUGAGACGUCCGAAAAAGACGGCUAUCAGACACAAAUAUUAAGUGAGCAGUCAAGCAGUGAAGAUCCAGUGCGGAAAUCCAUCAGCAAAGGCUUUGUGAGGAGAACCAUCGAAAGGCUUUACGGGAAGACUAAAGCUCAAGAGAGGCCCCCGUCGGCCCCUAGAACCAAAAAGAAGUACUCCGAUACUUUCUUGCCUUUUCACACAGCAAGAUGCAAAGCGGCAUCUGAGUUGUCGUACUUUAACUCCACCGGCGCGUUGGACACCUUGACCGAGGCCACGCGUUGCAUCGCUUUCAACACACAAGUCGGUCCCGGUGACAGCGUUCCCAUCGACGAGGGACGAUGGCUGAUCAGAGAGAACGCUCUCAUCCGGAAAUCCAUUUCCGACCCGACCGGAAUCAACACAAACCUGGUCAACUCCGCCCAAGAUGAGGACGGCUGCGAAGACACGCAAGACGACACCCCCUACUCUCUUUUCAGCACCACGUCAGAACCAGAAGAGCAUAAAAAGUCCAAAAGGUGCACCUACUUCUCUUUGCCGCAUACCAGCGACUCAGAGGUGUGUCAAGAUGAACAGAGCGUCCUGGAAGCGAAUUCGGAGAGUGGUGCCAAAAUGAGAAACGGUUCUGCUGUCGGGAUGGCGGACAACAAGGUACACCCGUUGGCGGUGCUUCCGGCGGACGGCCAGGCGGUGGUGGUGACGCAGCCCAAGAAAGGACACGGCACGGUGAACCAAAGCCUCCAGGAACCCGAUGUGUUGGACGUGUUAUAUAGGUUCUGCGGCGAAAACUGUCCCAUCUUGUGAAAGAAUGACUCAUCUUUGGUGCCUAUGUUUUUGAAUGUUGCCAUAGCCUUGGCAUGAAAAAUAAUUUCACUUUGGUGUUCUACGAUUGGUAUUGUGAUUUAAUGAGUAAUUUUAUCAAUACAAAGGCAUGUAGAGAUUUCACAUGGAAAAUAUUAGCCAAGGGAUAAGUGUAACGAUACAUUUGAAAAUUUCAAACCAUUGUAAUUGCCUGCAUCUUUUAUUUUCUUAAAAGAACAAUUGAUGUGAUUUUAUUUUCGCGUACUUUGUUUAAAUUACUAUAUUUCAUAUUUGGAAGAAUUUUUAUAUUCCAUUUUAAAUGUCUUCCUGUUUACACGAGAUGAACAUUUACUUCCCUUACGUUACCAAAUGUGAAUCGAACCUGAGUGCGGCUCGUGUGACUACAAGCGUGUAUUUUGUUUUGUUUUUGUUGACUGUUUUUCUCCGUCAUCAGGACAGAAGCUGUGGGAAGAAUUAGCGUAAUCUGUUUUUAAAGCUCUUAGGACAGAUCAAGUCCCAGCAUGUGUCAGGUGUCACGAAAGGUGCAGCUAUUAUUUGACCCAAGGUUCGGGUCACAGUGUACAGUGUGUUUUUCGUACAUCGUAGUUUGCAAAGCGGUGGUACAAAUAUAUUGAUUUUGGACAUUUAGGUUUUUAAACGUGACAAACUCCUCCCAAAUAACUCGCCAAGGAUGUACUUACUGUUUUAGGUGUAUGUGAUGUACUCCA